AUGGAGCUACUUGCGCUACUGAGCCUGACUUUCCUGCCGCUCGCCCUCGCACGAGGCCCGUACUGCGGCCGUGGACUAAACCCGGACGUUGCGCACUAUCAAGCAGCUAUCAAAAAGCUCAACAGCGGCUCCGAUUACCCUACUGGUACCGAGUUCGACGCCGACGAUUGUAGGAUCAGAGUUGAUGUCAACAGCCCGAUCAGUGCACCGCUCACCACCGGCUCUACGAUGAUUGAUGUCGCAAACUCCAUGCUCAGUCAAUGCAAUGGGAUCGGCUGGGGAUUCAAUGAUCCUAAUGGAGGCUUCAACACGAACAUCUCUGUUGUCCAGUGUACAGAGUGUAUGUAUGGUAAAUGUGGUGUAUGCUCUGCUCCGGAGACCAGGAAGCCCCGCAAGCGCCGCGAUGCUGCAGCGCCAAUGGCCGAGUCGAUAGCAUCCAGCCAACUUGGCAUGGAGAGGAAAGACCAACUCUUCGGGCAGACAACACACAGUCUCGAACGCCGCGGAGUCUCCUGCGAGUCUGCGCCAGGUCUCGACUGGACCUACUGCUGUCCGUCGAUAGCUGCGCCAGACAGCGAUGACUGCGAAGAUCUGGCCAACUCACUCCGCGGUCGGACGCUCGAGUUGCCCUUCACCGGCGCGAGUGGCGAUUGCGAAGUCGCCAUUGAAUCCUACAGACCAGACAACUCAGUCUCUGGGGACACGAUCGCAGACCGCAUGAUUGCAGAUGUUCAGGGGUGUGACAGUGGUGGUAUUGUUGGGACCAUCCACGACUAUUCGGUUGGGAUCGCACAGCCUGGAGCGUACGAUGUAUUAUUCGGGCAGCUCUGCGGAGACUUUGGGUCUGGCGUUUCUGCUUGCGCGAUUGGCGACUCUCCGUAG